AUGGAAGAAGAAGUAUUUUCAGAUCCACAAGGUAGAUUGUUAGCAUUGCUAAGAGGUGCAACAACCUCUGAUGAAAAUACAAUCGGUGGUGGAUCAUCGAUCAUCAAUAGCAAUGAACUCUCACAGUUCCUGUGGGCACAGCGCGAUCUGUUCAGUGCCAACAAAUUCCUACAGUUGAAACCGAUCGUAAAAGAGAUAAGUGAACAACAACGCAAAGAGAUAAGAAUCAAAAAGCAAUUCAAUCUCAAUGGUGAUAUCAUAGAGGUUGUCGAUGACUUUAUCAAUAUUGCAUUCCAAAUCUCUGAUAAAUUGAACAUCGAUGAGUAUCUAGCAUGCCAAACACUGGCAAGAGUUGUAAACAUGACAUCUACACGUGAUGCAACUUUAUUGAUAAAUCAAUGUGAAGAGUAUCUAUAUCAAGCAAGAUCAUGUUAUUUAGAUACACUAAGAGAGAUUUUAAAUAUGUUUAUGUGUGAGUUGUUAUCGCAACACAACGAUUGUUUGGUCACUGUACUACUAAGAUUGUUAGAAGAGAAGAUCAGAAAUAUAACUGUUCCUACCAAUCAAAAGGAAUCUACCUAUAGACUACAGGAAUGUCAAAAGAUCGUAGAUUGUCUAUUCUUGAUAAGUUUCCAGUUUACAUUAAAAGAAGAAUCAAUUAGAUCUCUCAUCUCAAAGUUAAAAGAAGUUUCAAAGUUAUAUUCGAAUCAACAACCAAACAAUACAUUAUAUUCACCAUUAUUCCAAAUUACAUUUACAUUAUUAUUGAAUAUCUUUGUUAUAUUUGUAGAAUCAAAGGUAUUACUAAUGAAUCCACACGAACAUAAACCAACAGUAAACACUGCAUUGACAUCCAAUACAUUCUUGACUAAAGUAGAAGCAGAUAUUACAUCGGAUUGGGAACAUAAUUUAUCAAUUCAAUCAACAUUACAAUCAGUUUUCUAUUUGUUAAAGUUAAAGGAAUCAGCCAAUGAUUUCGAUCAAUGGUCACAACGUGCAUUCCCAAAGGAUCGUAACCCAGCAGAGUUUCUCGCUCGAAUCGUCGAAUUCCAAGAGUUCAAGAACAACUCACUAAAGAACUUCUACCUCUUUGUUUUAGAUGAAUAUUGUUGUUCUUUGAUACAAUAUUUCCCAAUCAAUGAUAAGAUGAAUUGUAUGAUGAUGGCGGCACUCACUGUGUGCAACGGUAUCGAGGUGUACAACUUCUUCACCAAAGACUCUGCACAGUUCACAUGGAACAAGAUCCUGCAACACAUGCAAUUCUACAUUGAGAGUUUGAAUCAGCCAAACACCGAGUUGUCGCCGUCCGACACCGAAGCACUCAACGCCUUCCUCUGUCUCAUCACCGAGGUCAUCAACUACUCGCCGCAUCUCGCACAGAUGCUCAGCAGAAGCACACCGAUCCUAUUGCUCUUCUUCCGUUACGUGACAGCGCCAGUCUCUGUCGGUUUGAAAUCCACUACACUCAAAGCGAUAACAGCUUGCGCAAAGUAUCCAAUUUAUGUUCCAGAUAUUUGGAAGCUAUUAAAUGAAUCAGAGAUAUUCCCAAGUGGUUUGAGAAUGGAAUCACAAAGCUCAGAACACGGUGAAUUCCCUUUCACUCAGCAGUUUCUCGAGUUGUUCUAUCAGUUGAUUCAAGGAUCGCCGUUCUUGUUUGAUCGCUCGAAUGACAGUGUGAUGCAAGUGUAUCUCGAGCAUAUCAUGAACUUGUUCUCGUCGUUCAACAACAAGGCAUUCAACAACAUCUUGGACAAGUGGAAAUUCACACUGACCAUUCUCAACAUCUUUGUAUUCUGUCUCUCUCAUUUCAAGUCGUCGAUCAUCAACCAUGUCAUCGAUCGUAAACAUCCAGUCUAUCCACUCUACAUCGAGUUGACAAGAGAAUCACACAACCUAACACUUCAAACAAUUAUAAAUAUAAUUGAUACAGCUACAAAUGAAAAUUAUUGCCAAGUUGAUAGAUCAUCAGAACCGCGAGAUAGCAUUGAAAGCGUUGCGUUUGAUCUACUCUUUCGAGAUCUACACUCAGCGUAUAUCUUCGUUGUUCUUGGUGUCUUGUCCCGACGACAUUCUCGAGCGGUUCGUCAAGGUGCUAGAGUACAUCGAGCAAGACCAAGAGCUGUUUACCGGCGGCUACUACCAGCAAUCCGUUCAGUUCCAGCAGUACGCUUCGAACUCUAUUCAAUGGACGAUUGCACAGCUCAUUCUGUUCUGUCUCGACAAGUCUGCUUACACCUCGAACUACACACUGGCGCACUUCCUGCUCGGUUGUCCGUCGACCUACGAUCUCUCGACCGACUUUGA